AUGUUUGACACAAACAUGGCGGCUCCCGUAAGCGACACGCAAGUAGUUUCCGUCCAAAAGGCAACAGGCAAAGGACCACGGAGGAUAGCCAAUCAGAUCCCAGAUGAAAUCCUCAAUAAUCCAGAACUUCAAGAGGCCAUCAAGGCCCUUCCUGCUAAUUACAACUUUGAAAUCCAAAAGACUGUAUGGAGAGUGAGACAAGCAAAGGCAAACAGAGUGGCUCUGCAGCUUCCAGAAGGCCUACAGAUGUUUGCAUGUGUCAUCGCAGACAUUAUUGAAAGUGCUGCCCUGUCCACCGAGAUGUUCAGCCCCGUGUGCAAAGCCGCCACGCAAGAUCCAAGUCCCCCGAAGAAAUAUGGUUUGGGCUUUGAGCGGGCGGGGGAUGGCGUGGGCAGAGGACAGAGGAAUACAGUUUGA